AUGUCUCUGUGCUUUGGCACCGACCACUCUCCGCCCGCCUUUCACGCGUGGGCGAAGCGACGCGGUGUGUUCCUCCACCCCGACGUGGCGUUUCUCGUGCCAACGCGAACAAUGGGCCUCGGCGUCUUUGCACGCACACAACUGCCCGCAGGCACUGUUGUUGUGGGCUGUCCACUCGCCAGCAGCAUCUCCCCCUACGCGCGGCCGGAGAGCUCAGAGGCCCCGUGCAUAAAGGCGUUGGAAGAGGCACACAUCACAGACAAUGUCCUCCACGUGGUGCUGCGACUGAUGGCAGAAGCCGUGCGGCCAAAGUCCCCGUGGAUGUCGUGGAUGAAAGCAUGUCCACGCAUGCCAGAUCACUUCUUCUACGAGGCAGUAACCGCAAGGGAGAAUACAGAAGCUGCAAAGGUGUUUGGACUCACUUCAGACGUUGCUGGCACUUCAACAACAACAACAACGGGAGUCUCAAUGAGGUGGACAGGAAUAUCACAGCAACUGCGUGAUAUGAAACUAGCAGAGCGUUGGGAGGCCGCACAGAAAAUUAUACGGCAAUACCCAGAAUACUGGCCAGAAGAACAUGCUACACUCGCUCUCUUUUGUGAGUGUUUGGCACAGGUCUUCUCACGUAACUUUCACCGUGAGCAGAUUGAAGGUCGUGAAGGUCCUUACUUACUUCCUGGUUUAGAUAUUAUUAAUCACUCUACUACUGGAAAUGCAAAAUUUGAAAUUCGUGGAGGUGGUAGGAAACAUGCUAUGAACUUUUGUGUUAUCACCACACGUGAUCUUCGUCGUGGAGAACAAGUAUUCUGUUCAUAUGGACGAAUUGGUGCAUCAAGAUUUGCUAUUGAAUUUCAAUUUGUCACAGAUUCUAUACUAAAAGAGGAUAUGUUGCGUUUUUCUGUAGAUGUCAUUGCUGAAAUGACUUCAAUUCUUACAAUGGAGAAGAAUUCUUCUACUUCUUCUUCUUCACUUGUAAUGAAUUCAAACACUAUUCAACGACGUGUGGAAUGGCUUCAACGUCUUGGGCUUCUUUAUGAUGAAGGUUUUUACAUUUCUCGUCUAAAUUUAUCUAAAGAUGAUGAUAAAUCAAAUGGUGAUAAUGAUGAUAGUAAUGGUAUAUUACCAGAGACUACUAUGAAAGAAAUUCAAACUCUGUUUAAUGUCUUUUACCUUAUGACGGUAGAAUCUGCUAAAUUUGAAAAGCUAGUUCAUACUAUAAAUCGUGAUUGGCAGGUUGAGCGAACGAAUCAGGUUGUAGAGUUAAUCUUGAGAGUCCUUUCAAUGCGAGCAGAGGCUGUACUUCUGCAGUUAGAAGCUGCUGAAACUUAUUUAACACAGGACUCUGAUCAGGUUCGUAGAAAACUAUUACAGAGAACAUUGAAGUCAGAGUUAGAAAUGAUACAGCUGUUGGAGCAGCAUGUGAAGAAUGGGAACCAGCAGAUUUGUUGA